AUGGAGCUUCCACCCGAUGAUUGUGGACCACAGAUCUUUAGCAACCUUGACCUGGUUUCCUUGACUCACAAAGCUGUCCCUGAUUUGAAGACACCAACCCGGAAGCGAAUGGAAUCUGUCAGUGAGGGGCUUUCUGCAGAGAAAGCACUGAAGUGCUGUGCAAAGAUGUGUGUCCACCAUUUCCGGGCAAGCUCACAGAGAGUCAAAAGCAUGGAGGAGAUCCGCUCCAAGAUGGCUGACCUGAACCAGGAAGAGACCAAUGCAUUUAUCUUGGGUAUUCUUGGCAAGCUAUCUAAAAAGGAGAACGUGGGAGACUCACUGUCGUUGGAGUGGGCGCUGUGUGGAGCCACUCUAUGCCGCAAUGGUUUCUGCAUUUUGCUUGGCAUCAAUGAGAAAAGGGUGAUGCGGCUUCUUGAUGGUCUUGCUUUGAACCUGGUUCCACCAGACAAGAGGAAGCACAAUGGCCGCGCCCCUUCCAAGGGCAACAAUGUGGAUUCUUUCUUCACAUACUACUACUGGAACUUUGCUGAGACAUUGGCAGAGGCACCGCCGGAGGAAGAACUGCAAGGUGCUGCUAUGUGCACCUCUGGCCUCUUUCUGCCUAGUGAGGCUUCAUCAGAGCUGCCAGCAUCUUUCAUGGAGGGCUCAGCUCACUACUCAGAAGCUGCUUUGGCAGAGGUGAAUGCUCCAGCAAAAAUGGUGAGACUCACACCAUCGGAUGGAUCUACAAGCUUGGCACCGCGGUACAUCAACCACAUGACCAUGGAAGCAUUCUACCAGAUCUACUUGAUGUGGGCCAACGGGGCAGCCCUUGAUGAGUCUGAGAUUGCUGGAUGUUGGUGCUUCCGCAAGACCUAUGACACUCAAUGGAAGUCCACUUUGCGGAUGCGAACUGUAUCACAGCAUGCCAGGUGCAGUACUUGUGCAGAGUUCAGCGCCAGGUGCAACAAAGCAGCCUGUGAGUCUGACCGCUUGAAGUUGGAGGCUGUGCAGAAGGGCCACCUUCUCAACGUGCACCAGUACCGCCUCAUUCAGGGGCGGUUGAACACCCUCAGCGAGACAGAGGGCUCCAACAUUUUGAAGAUUGACCUGGAUGGCCUUGACCAGAAUAAAACAAAGUUUCCCAGGAAUCUAGCAAGCUCCAAGACUCUAUCUAGCUGCUGGCGUCCUCAGUUACACCUGGUAGGUGUUAUCGUGUGGGGUGUUGUUGAGGGAUAUGUCAUUUUGCCACCGGAUGUGGAAAAGGACUCCAGUUGCGAGGCCACGUUGGUGAUGAAGGCUGUGGACUGGGCCCAUGAAGAGCUAUCUCGCCAUGGCCGUUCUUUGCCAGAACAUCUGGUCAUAGAGACGGACAACUGUGUCAGAGAAGGCAAAAACCAGAUCAUGGCCAAGCUGAGUGCCAGUGCAAUCAUCACAAACCGGUUCAGGUCAGUCACGCACAUCUUUGGCCAAGUGGGGCACACACACGGCCCCAUUGACCAGCGGUUGGGCCAAGCAGCUGCCACAUUCAGCAAGCAAGCUUGCAUUGAAUCACCUGAGGAUUUUGUGGAUCUGCUCAAGAACCAGUUCUCACCAAUCCGGAACAGAACCCUCAAGGUAGAACUACUCCCAGGAAGUCUGGAUAUGAAGAAAUACCUGUCUCAGUACACUGUUGAGAUUGGAGGCCUGGUGACCUCCCACCAUGAUCCAGCUGAUGCAAACCAUUGCUGGCGCUUCAUCCGCCGCAGUGACCUGCCUGUCUAUGAUGACCAAACUGGUGAGUCGUGGGCUCCUCAAGAGAUCCCAAAAGAGAGCUACCCGCACCUUCCAAACGACUGCAUCCUUUUGGUCAAACACUUGGUGAACUCAGAGAGCCUGAGUCAGAGCCCAAUGACUUUGCUCCCAGCAUCCUUCCAAGACAAGGUGAAGGUUGGAGUGCAAGCUCUUCCCAGGAACUUGAUUGCGGACAGGGCCAGAAAGGAGUUCCGUCGGACUGCGGAUGUGGUGGAGAGGGACCCGUGGCUACUACAUAAAGCUGCAAAAGCUUUGCGAGAGUGGGUGGACAACAAUGAGAAGCAGGAGUGGCCAGAGAUUCCAGAGCCCAAGUGGUGGUUCAGUACUGAUGUGCGUGAGCUGGGUGUGGAACCAACUCCCAAUGGGUGGGAGAAAUUUGCACCUGGGCCAGUGCGGCAGGUUACCAUCACCCCGGGGGCUGCCAUUGGUGGAGAGCCAAAGAGACGUGGGAGACCUCCUAAAAGGAAGGAUGCUGAGGUAGAGAAAGUGGUACCGCUGGGGGAGGGUGAGCAGGUCUUUGGGCCCAGGUCCAAAAAACGGAGCACUGUGGUUCCUCCCACAGAGGAGAUCGUGCCUAAAGAUCUCUUUGGUGCUGCUGCUGACCUACCUGCUGACCCACCUGCUCCAGAGAUGCCUUGGCCUACCCGGGCAACCUUUGCAGGCAGGAAGAAGCCAACUAAUGAGGAGGCUGGUGCAAUCUUUGAAGCUCGGAGGUCAAAGUUCUAUGAAAUGGUGCCUUCUCAGUAUUGGCGGGAUGGGCUUGAGCGGGACUACUGGAACAAGUGUGUCCAGGGUGGCUGUGUGGAUUUGGCAGUGGAGGAGUUCUUGAAAGACCAUGGUGCAGCAGCUUCAAACCAAGGUGCUGGUCGUGGGCGUGGGCGUGGCCGUGGCAAGCAGGCCAAGGCGAAAGCCAUGCCCAAGGAGCCUGGCAGGAACCGAGGCCGUGGCCGCAGCAAGGCUCUGGGCAAGCGCUAG